GCAAGAGUUGGACAACCGCAUGCUUAAAGCAUGUAGGGACAGUGCCAGAUGCAAGGCAUGAAUUUAAAAUGAUCUGAAUGGAGGGGCCAACUGCAUCAAAAACAUCCUUUAUAAUGGAGGAGGGGAUAGCAUCAUGGGGUGAAGUAGGAGGUUUCAUGUGCAAUACCAAGUCCCUCAAUUCAGUGAGAAGAUGAGGUGGGGGUAAACAAUGAUCUAAUAUUCUCAAUUUUGUUGGUAAAAAACUUGAGAAAUUUCUCACAGGUAUCAGUGGAUACAUCAGCGACUGGGGAAUGUGGGGGGUUGAUAACAGGGUUUAUAGUACUAAAUACAAUUUUUGGUCUGUUUGAGUGUUUACUGAUCAAAUCAGAGAGAUCCUUUGCUCUGGCUUUUUUUUGCUGCUGCCUGGAAUAGGAAGCUAAUGCAGAUUUAAAGAUCUCAAAGGAGACAGUGAGAUGAUCCUUCUUCCAUUUCCUCUCAGCUGGCCUGGCUGAGAAAGCAUGUGGCCUCAUCUAACCAAUAAUCAGAUUUUAGUUUGGGGCGGGUGUAAGUGAGAGGAGCUACAGAGUCAAGUAUGGAAGAGCAAGAUGAGUGGAAAAGAGUAGCUGAUUCAUCCGGGCUAGAAGAGGAUAAGGAUUUUCAGAGCAUCUAUAGAGUCCUGAGGAGGACAUGGACGACAGACAGCUUUGGUUUUGGUGAGGAUGUGAGCGAGUGUGUUUCCUGUCACAAAAGAACUGAGAAGAGAGCAGUUAGAGAUUACCAGUGCUGCACUAGGCUUGUGAUGGAAACCCGGAGACUUCUCAGACUCUUUGGCAUCUGCUUCACUGCAGCCUGUCUACUGUCCACAGCACAGGGCUUUAGUGUUGAGAUGCCAGCCUCUGUGAGGGCAGUGGAGGGCAGCUGCGUUCUGGUCCCGUGCCAAACCCGACCCCAUACCAGGGUCAUCUGGUACAAACACCAGACAACAGGUUGGCCUGCCGUUUAUGAUGGGACCUACCCUGAUAGUGUUAUUGGUGAAUUUAAAGGACGGACUGCAGUACUGGGGAGUCCUUCAGAAGGGAAUUGCACCCUCAGAAUCAACAACGUCAAGAUGUCUGAUGGUAUCACUCUGUUCCCCUACAUCAACCCAGAGUCUGACAAAUACUACAAACCGACUGUCCAGAUAAAGACUGAGCCUAGAAGCCGCCCUGUGAUAUCUGGGCCUGAGUGCCCAGUGCAGGAGGGUGCUGUGUUCCGCCUCAGCUGCAGUGUCCAGCACUCCUGCCCCCCCGCUCCCCCAGCCAUCGAGUGGAGAGGCCUGACGGAGGGCAGCACGGGGGUGUCCACUCAGAGGGCAGCAGAGCUGUGGGUGGAGGUGUUCACCGUGACGGUGACUGCAGCACGUUCUCAACAUGGCAAACAGGUCCACUGCCGCACCGGUGAUAUGUCAACAGAGAGCGAAUCUCUCACUCUGGACAUCGCAUUUCUCCAUCAUGCUACCAAACACCUCGUGCUCAGAGAGGGGAAGGAUGUUGAGAUGUGUAUGUCAGGUGGAGGCGAACCCUGUUGCCACGGUGACUCAAUGGCAGAACUGAACUUCCAGCGUCCGUCUUUCCCAACAUCACCACAGAAGGCACCUUGAUGUCAGCGGAGGUUGAACUGGAACAGCUAGCGGAGCAGGGCCUGGCGUGUGUGGCGAAUAACUCCUACAUCACGGCGACACAUCAGAUGACUUUACAGAGGGCAAACAAGAGUACC